AUCCUGGCCGCUCCCGUCGUAGCUUCCUCUGCACGGGCUCGGCCGGGACUGCCUUUCCUUGCAGCCGACGCCGUUUGGACUCCUGCUCGGAUCCGGUGCCAACUCCACUUCGCCUGGUUUAACCACCGUCCGUCUAUAUAAGGCGGCACGCAGCGCCGGCCUCCGCACCACCACCCGCACCGCGUCCACCUUCUCCCUUCCGGCCUCUCGCCACCGCACGCACGCGUCAGCUCCAUCCUGCAAGAAACCAUCCAAGCUUGGGGGGUGAUGAUGCCGACGUCGGGCAACGACGCCGGCGCCUGCGACGGCGACAGCUCGCCGCACGGGGUCAAGAAGAUGUGGACCAAGGAGGAGGACGACCUGCUGCGGGAGCAGGUGCGGCGCUGCGGCGGCCCGCACAACUGGGACUCCAUCUGCCGAGGCCUGCCCGGCCGCAACUCCAAGUCGUGCCGCCUCCGCUGGUGCCAGCACCUCGACCCCAGGGUGGAGGCCGUCAAGCCCUUCACCAUCGAGGAGGACAUGCUCAUCGUCAAGUACCAGGCCACCUACGGCAACCGCUGGUCCACCAUCGCCGAGUUUCUCUCCGGCCGCACCGAUAAUGCCGUCAAGAACCGCUGGAACUCCGUCCUCCGCAAGCGCCAGGAGCACGCCCCCUCCCAGCAGGGCCAGACGCGCCCGUGGGCUCCUUCCGCCGCCCGACAGGCCGCGGGCCCCGAGGUCACGCCGCGGUGCCUGCCGCUGUUCCCUGGUUCGGCCGAGGAGGUGCCGGAGGCUGACACAUGUGCGGCGGCGAGGAAGUGCCUCGACCUGUUCCCUCUGGCGCCCGGGGAUAUCAGGGCCAAUGCGGCUGCUGAGGCGCCGCCCGGUGACAUGACUUGCGGAGCAGGCGACCCGCUCACCGAGCUGAGGCUCUGGCCGGCGCCGAGGGUGGUGUUCGACGUAAUGCCGCUCCAGGCCUACCGGAUGUAGAUUCAUUCUAGUCUUCUUGCCUAGACCUGGUUGUUCUUUCAUCUUACUUUUUUGCUGAUCGUGGGGAAUUUUCCUGGUGGGAUUUGACUUGUAAUAGAAGAGCUCUGGCUGAUCGUUAAUGUUGUUAGGACUCCAUUGGAUCUUGGUAUCAACAGAGCGCUGGAUUUUCUGUAAUCGUCUUACUUGCUGGUUAGGUAAUCAAGAGGGUUCUGAACUUAGUGUAAUGCUUUGUGCUUCUUGAUGAUCAAGAAAAUUCUGAACGUCUUGUAAUUUCCAUCAAAGUUGUAAUCAACGAAUCAAUCUUUAGCAAUUUUCUUGUUCACUGGAGAUUACUGAACUUUCUUGCUUGUUGGUUGUUGGAACUUGGAAGUAAUCCAGAAAGAUUUUA